AGGGCCGCCGCUGAAGCAAAAUGGCCGAUCUGGAAAUGGAUUUACAGAGUAAGCGACUGAAUAACGGGCCAGAGAAUUUGGAGAGUCCACAGAAGAGCGGAAAUGAGGAUGAAAAUGGUGAUAUAUCUGGAGAGGAUGAAGAAGAGGGUGAGGAGGAAGUGGAGAUGAAUGGAGAGAAGCAGGACAUCAGUUCUAAACAUCACAGCAGCAAACACAAAAAAAAGAAACACAAGCAUCGCAGCAAGCACAAAAAACACAAACAUGCUUCUGAGGAAGAUAAGAACCGCAAACGAAAACAUAGGCGCAAACAUAAAAAGCACAAGCGCAAAGAGGAAGCAUCCUCCUCGGCCAUCAGCAGGAAGGCUGAGGAUGGCUCCAUGUUACUAAGUAGUGCAAACCUCGAUGACAAGGCACUUCUUGAAGAUCUAGAGAAACAAAGGGCAUUAAUUAAAGCCGAGCUAGACAGCCAGAUGAUGGAGGGUAAAGUUCAGUCAGGAAUGGGCCUGAUUCUACAGGGUUACAAUUCUGGCUCAGAAGAGGAUGAAGAGAGACAAAGGGCACGUAAUGGGGAACAACGGCAAAACAGUAGUGGGGGCAGAACACGUUCACCUAGGGACCAGAUUGGUGGAAUGGGUAGAUCCAGACGAGACUUGGACACCAGCAAACCAAGUGCUAAACAGCAAAGUCACAGUCAUUCUCGAGAGAGAGCAGGAAGGGAUUCAAAGCUUGAACGAGCAACAAAAAGUGCAAAAGAGACUGUUAAAGAGCGCAGCAAGUCCAAAGAGAAAAAGCGUUCACGGAGCAGGGACAAAUCCAAGGAUCGUGGAAAGAAGUCUCAGUCCCCAUCUAUAAGAAGGCACUCUGCAGACAGAAAACCAGACCAGAAAGGCCGUCCUGAUCGGCGCUCCUCUCCACAUAUGGAUGAAAAGCGUGAACAAGCUAGACAGAGAUCAGACUCACAAGGGGGUAAAAGCCAGUCGCAAGGUUCUAAAGAUGGGCAAAAUGUGGGCCGAUCUGAGAAUGACAGAGAAAAGAGGCCAGGAAAAUCUCCGUCCAAAGACCCCUCAUCUGGGAAAGAGAAUAGAUCACCUCAACAACGGCCAGCUCUUAGCCCACAGCAUAGACGCAGUUCCUCCCCACGCCACAGGGAUCGACAGUCUAAUCAACCCCGCUUCAGUUCUGUGGAUCGAAGUUCCAAACUGAGCCAUUCGCCAUCUAGGAAUAGGUCACUGGCCAGGAGAGCACGAAGCCGCUCAAAUGAGCGCCGGAGAGAUUCUCCUUCCAGGAAGCGUCUUCGUGUGGAUGGUGUUGGGAGAUCAAGGGAAACAACUCCAGUUCGACGUAGAGUAAGUCGCUCACCUCUUAGACGUAGGUCUGUAUCACCACGUCGACAGUCUCGCUCCUCCCCUAGAAGGCGGAGUAGAUCACCUCAGAGACGCAGGUCUGUUGAAAGGGAUCGUUUUGGCCGCCCCAGACCACGAAGGUCCACGUCUAGAAAUCGUGACAGGAGGAGGAGGCGGAGCAGAGAUGAAGACAAGUUCAAAGGCAGUCUGUCAGAGGGUAUGAAAGCAGACCAAGAGUCUUCCUCUGAAGAAGUGAUGGAAGAUUUUGAUGCAGAAGAGGAGGAUGAAGAGGCUCUGAUUGAGCAGAGACGACAGCAGCGGCUGGCUAUUGUACAGAAAUAUAAAGCAGGAAAUGAGGACAGUAAUUUGGGGUCCAUGCCAUCAGAGCCCAGCAGCCCUCAGAGUAGCUCCCGCAGUCGUUCACCCUCCCCUGAUGACAUCUUGGAACGGGUAGCAGCUGACGUUAAAGAAUAUGAGCGGGAGAAUGUAAACACAUUUGAGGCCAACAUCAAAGCCAAGCACAACCUCAUCGCUCAGGAGAAAGAAGGAAACAACCCAAAGAAGCCCUCAGCACCUGACAUGUUCACUGAGUCAGAUGACAUGUUUGCUGCGGAUUUUGAUAGUGCCAGACUCAGGGCUGCAGGCAUUGGCAAAGACUUUAAGGAGAACCCCAACCUCAGGGACAAUUGGACUGAUGCAGAAGGAUACUACCGUGUAAACAUUGGUGAGAUACUGGAUAAACGAUAUGAUGUUUAUGGAUACACUGGACAGGGUGUGUUCAGUAAUGUGGUCAGAGCUAGGGACACUGCACGUGCUGGCCAGGAGGUGGCAGUCAAGAUCAUUCGAAACAACGAGCUCAUGCAGAAGACAGGACUGAAAGAGCUUGAGUUUCUAAAGAAGCUGAAUGAUGCUGAUCCGGAUGAUAAAUUUCACUGUUUGCGUCUCUUCAGACACUUCUACCACAAACAGCAUCUAUGUUUGGUGUUUGAACCCCUCAGUAUGAAUCUGCGGGAAGUUCUGAAGAAGUAUGGCAAAGAUGUGGGUCUGCAUAUUAAAGCAGUGCGUUCCUACAGUCAACAGCUCUUUCUAGCUCUGAAACUACUGAAACGCUGCAACAUCCUCCAUGCUGACAUCAAACCAGACAACAUACUGGUGAAUGAGUCAAAGACUAUACUUAAACUCUGUGAUUUUGGCUCUGCAUCUCAUGUUGCUGACAAUGAAAUCACUCCUUACCUAGUAAGCAGAUUCUAUAGGGCACCCGAAAUUGUUAUUGGAAAACCAUAUGAUUAUGGUAUUGAUAUGUGGUCAGUUGGCUGUACCUUGUAUGAGCUAUACACAGGAAAAAUUCUCUUCCCUGGCUCCUCCAACAACCACAUGCUAAAGCUGGCCAUGGAUGUGAAAGGCAAGAUGCCAAACAAGAUGAUUCGGAAAGGCCUGUUUAAAGACCAACAUUUUGACCAGAACUUGAAUUUCCUGUACAUAGAAGUCGACAAAGUGACAGAAAGGGAGAAGGUAACAGUCAUGAGCACCAUUAACCCCACUAAAGACCUUCUCGCAGACAUGGUCGGAGGUCAGAGGUUACCUGAGGAUCAAAGGAAGAAAGUCAUGCAGCUGAAGGAUCUGUUGGAUGGGACUCUGAUGCUGGACCCUGCUAAACGCAUUAGCAUCAACCAAGCUCUGCAGCAUCCUUUCAUUCAGGAGAAGAUAUGACACGUUUCAGAUAUUGACCAUUUGUUCCAGGACUGAGACAAGACUCCAGCUCAUCAUUUUCAAAAUCAGAAGACUCGAUUUUCUAUUUUUAUUCUUGUUUUUUCUACUGAUUUUUGUUUUGUUUUGCCCAGCAAUUUUUGAUUCAGAUCUCUCAGAAUGAUCUUGUUUUUAUUACACAUGCACACACUCACUGUCAUACACUGAGAGGGGCACGGUUAGUGCGAAUUGGAAUUAGUCUUAUUUAACUUCAGAAAUGUACGGAAGUUUAGUCGAGUUGUUUAGAAUACAUCAGAAUGGUAUUUAAAGACCAAUUAUAUUUGCGAUAUUCAAUGAUAAUACAAACGUGUCCCAUUUGGUGACCAAUUAAACCAGUGGCUUUAGUUAAGAUUCCUUUGUCUAAUCAAAGAACAUCGACUCAAUAAGAACUUCAUACAAGCUUCUCCUUUGAAAACAAUGUAAAGUGGUUUAUUGCAUACAGCUGUUUUGGUUUUGCUGCUGUUGUACAUUUACUUCAAUAAAUUUUCUUGUCCAUUUUAUCAACUUUA